UGCUGUUUACAGUUCGGAUCAUUCAUUUACUAAACUGAACACGGCGGAAGGAGACAGUGCCAUUGCAGCUGUCCCGAUCAUUAUAAGGUAGUUCUGCGGUCGAGCCACGUGAAGGGGUGGGGUUUCACACCCCUCUUAUAGUUGUUCUUCGGUCUUGACUUUGAUUGACACAUCGGCGGAGUGAGUCCUCUCUGGAGGGACGCCUAGUCACAACAUCUUGCUAGGUUUUACUCACUUGCUGUCUCCGCAUUCGACCUUUACUUCGGAUAGAAUCACCACUACAAGCCGCAGCAAACAUGGAGAAUAAUGAUGAGGCGGAAAUGAAGCUGUGGAAACAAGAGCAAAGUGGACAUUUAAAUAAGGGGAAAGAUGAAGAUGAAGAUGAAGGGAAAACUCACAAGAAAAGUAAGAAUAAAGAGAAAGAGGUGAUACCCAUGGUCGGUCCUCUUGCUCUGUUCAGAUUUGCGGACACCACUGACAAAUUGCUCAUGGUCAUUGGUACGCUGAUGGCAAUGGGUCAUGGUAUGAUUCUCCCCAUUCUGUUUAUGGUCUUUGGGGACAUGACUGACAGCUUUAUCAAAGACGCCAUGCCCACCCCUAACCCGUCACCCUCGAAAAGUCCUCUUAAUGCAACUUUUUUAGAAGCAACCAACGCUCCUUCCAAAAACAGCACCUUGCAAGAGGAAAUGGACAGAUUUGCUAUCAACUAUGCCAUCAUGGGGGCCAUAGCACUGGUGGCUGCCUACAUGCAGGUUGCCUUCUGGUCACUGGCUGCUGGCCGUCAGGUCAAUCGCAUUCGGAAGCGGUUCUUCCACUCCAUUAUAAGACAGGAAAUCGGCUGGUUUGAUGUCAACGAGGUGGGAGAGCUCAACACAAGACUCACCGAUGAUAUUUUUAAGAUCCAAGAAGGUAUUGGAGACAAGGUGGGGAUGGUGAUCAUGUCUUUUACCACCUUUAUUGGCUCCUUUGUCAUCGGACUGAUCAAGGGGUGGAAACUGACUCUUGUCAUCCUGGCUGUCAGCCCUCUCCUCAUCAUUACAGCUGGACUCUUCAGCAAAGUGCUGUCAUCUUUCACUGCUAAAGAGCAAGCUGCUUACGCCAAAGCAGGUGCUGUUGCAGAGGAAGUGAUCUCAGCGAUCAGGACAGUCUUCGCCUUCAGCGGUCAGGAGAAGGAGAUUUUAAGAUAUGAAAAGCACCUUAAAUCUGCUAAGGCGGUUGGAAUUAAGAAAGCCAUCUCCACUAACCUUACCGUUGCUGCAACUUACUUAGUGAUGUAUUUGUCCUACGCUUUGGCAUUCUGGUAUGGCAGCACUCUUAUUCUUGAAGACGAGUACAGUAUUGGAAAGCUGCUCACUGUCUUCUUUGUUGUGCUGAUUGGAGCGUUCAGUAUUGGACAAACCUCACCCAACAUUCAGUCCUUGUCCAGUGCCCGUGGAGCAGCACACAAAGUUUACCACAUAAUUGAUAAUACACCAAACAUUGAUAGCUAUUCUGACGCCGGCUACAAACCUGACAGUGUCAAAGGCAACAUAGAGUUCAAGAACAUAGAUUUCACCUAUCCUUCGAGGCCAGAUGUGAAGAUAUUAAAGAACAUGUCUCUGACUGUGAAGUGUGGGCAGACGCUUGCCUUGGUGGGCAGCAGUGGCUGCGGCAAGAGCACCACAGUCCAGCUACUGCAGAGGUUCUAUGAUCCCCAGGAAGGAUCUGUUUCCAUCGACAACCAUGACAUCCGCUCCCUCAACGUUCGCUACUUGAGAGAGAUGAUCGGAGUGGUGAGUCAGGAGCCCAUUCUCUUUGCUACCACCAUCGCUGAGAACAUCCGUUACGGGCGCACUGAUGUGACGCAGCAGGAGAUCGAGACAGCUGCCCGGGAAGCCAACGCUUACGACUUCAUAAUGAUGCUUCCAGACAAAUUUGAGACGCUGGUUGGUGACAGAGGGACUCAAAUGAGCGGAGGACAGAAGCAGAGAAUAGCAAUUGCACGAGCUUUGGUCCGUAACCCUAAAAUCCUACUUCUGGAUGAAGCCACAUCUGCUCUUGAUGCUGAAAGUGAGACUGUUGUGCAAGCAGCACUCGAUAAGGUUCGGCAGGGACGCACGACCAUCGUGGUGGCCCACCGCCUCUCCACCAUCAGAAAUGCUGAUAUCAUUGCUGGCUUUGAAAGCGGAGUGGUGGUAGAGCAGGGGACUCACAGUCAACUGAUGGAGAAGCAGGGGGUCUACUACACACUGGUCACCAUGCAGACAUUUCAGAAAGAGGAAGAGGAGGAAGACCUAGAGCAAUCUAUGGGUGAAAAGAGUCCUCUAUCUGUCUCAUUGUCCAAUCCUCUCAAGAGAAAGACAACCAGAGGCUCCUCAUUUGCUGCCUCAGUGGGGGAGCAUGAGGCAGAGGAAUCUGAUAACAAGAUAGAGGACGAGGAACAUGUUCCGUCGAUGUCUUUCUUCCAAGUGAUGGCCCUCAACCUCAGCGAGUGGCCAUACAUUGCACUUGGACUUGUCUGCGCCACAAUCAAUGGUGCCAUGCAGCCGGUUUUCGCCAUCCUGUUCUCAAAGAUCAUCGCCGUGUUCGCAAAUCCAGAUGACGAAGCUGUGAGGAGAAAUGCAAAUUUUUACGCACUCAUGUUUGUGGUCGUCGGACUUGUUACGUUCGUGACAAUGUUUCUGCAGGGCUUCUGUUUUGGUAAAUCUGGAGAGAUUCUGACCUUGAAACUGAGACUCGGCGCCUUCAAGUCCAUGAUGAGACAGGACCUCACAUGGUUCGACAAUCACAAAAACAGUGUUGGAGCUCUGACCACCAGAUUGGCCACAGAUGCCGCUCAAGUUCAAGGAGCCACAGGAAUCCGACUGGCCACGACAGCCCAGAAUGUUGCUAACCUUGGCACUGGUGUCAUCAUUGCGUUCGUGUACGGUUGGGAGCUGACCCUUCUUCUCUUGGCCAUUGUGCCCUUUAUGGCAAUGGCAGGAGCGAUACAGAUGAAGGUCAUUUCAGGAGAUGCUUCUAAAGACAAGAAGGAGCUGGAGAAGGCUGGCAAGAUAGCGACCGAGGCGAUCGAGAACAUUCGGACAGUGGUCUCUCUCACAAGGGAACAUAAGUUUGAGACCUUGUAUCAGGAAAACCUCAAGGUUCCAUACAAAAACGCCAAAAGAAAGUCACACGUGCAAGGCAUGGCGUUUGGCUUCUCCCAGUGCAUCUUAUACUUCGGUUAUGCUGCUGUGUUCCGUUUUGGGGCGUGGCUUAUUGAGGAAGGCAGAAUGGACGUGGAAGGUGUUUUCCUCGUGGUCUCAGCAGUCAUGUUUGGAGCCAUGGCUCUCGGAGAGGUCAACUCCUUCACUCCCAACUACGCAAAAGCCAAAACGUCAGCAGAGCAUAUCACCGUGCUGAUAAACAGACAGCCUGGUAUCAACAACCUCUCCGUGGAAGGAGAGUCGCCGGACAAUUUUGAUGGCAGCCUGGUGUUUGAGGACGUGAGGUUUAACUACCCUUCGCGCCCUGACAUACCUAUCCUCCAAGGACUGAAUCUACACGUGAGGAAGGGGGAGACUCUGGCCUUGGUGGGCAGCAGUGGCUGUGGAAAAAGCACCACCAUCCAACUCCUGGAGAGAUUCUACGACCCCUUAGGAGGGAAAGUGCUGCUUGACAAGACUGACGUCAAAGCACUGAACAUCCAGUGGCUGAGGGCCCAAAUCGGGAUCGUGUCCCAGGAACCCAUCCUGUUCGACUGCUCACUGGCCGAUAACAUCGCCUAUGGAGACAACACCCGCGAAGUACGGAUGGAUGAGAUCGUGGCAGCCGCCAAAGCAGCCAACAUCCACGGGUUCAUAGAAGGCCUGCCACAGAAGUACAGCACUCUGGCAGGAGACAAAGGGGCGCAGCUCUCCGGGGGUCAGAAGCAGCGCGUCGCUAUUGCUCGAGCUAUUCUCCGGAACCCAAAACUGUUGUUGCUGGAUGAGGCCACAUCAGCACUGGACACUGAGAGCGAGAAGGUGGUGCAGGAAGCCUUAGAUCAAGCCAGCAAAGGCAGGACGUGCAUCAUCGUGGCCCACCGCCUGUCGACCAUCCAAAACGCCGACCGCAUCGCUGUCAUCCAGGGAGGAGUGGUGGUGGAACUGGGCACACAUCAGCAGCUGCUGGCCAAGAAGGGCGUGUACCACUUGCUGGUCACCACACAGAUGGGAGGAGCUCACUGAUCUGUGCCUCCUUCACUAUUGAUUCAACACUGAGCCUCGGGAUAUAAACUCUGCAUUACAGUGGCUGGAGAAGGCAAACAUGUCUCCUCACUUGUUGUCAGUGGAACUGCUGCAUGAAUGAUUCAAGAGUCGACCAAAGAAAUCAUAGCUUCACAUACUUUUUCUGUUAUUACUGACCAAGAUCUGCAGUCAAUACUUGAAUGGUGUGUGCAAUUUUAUCAUGUUGUCUGCAAUCUGUGACUUCCCUUUUGUUAUUAAAUAUUUAUAACUGUACUGAAAGAAUGGGGGAAAUAAAAUAUGUACA